GAAAGGUUGUUGUCGUCGGUUUCGGAAGCAAUGUUUGUAUUGUUAUUUUACCUUGUUUUUCCCACAUUAUUUCUUACCUUUCACGGUGGAUGCAUUAUUUUGUAGUGUAACAAAAAUAUUAGCAGUGGAAAGUUGGUAUACAAAUUUCAUUAAAAAGUGUGUUGUAUAGUUUUGGUGCACCGAUACGCUUCGUUAUUGUCAGAACGCCACAUUGGACAAAAAUCUGUCUCAAAUCAUUUACAUAAAUUAGUUACAUGUUUUCAUUGGUCAGUGAGUGAGAGGAGGGUUUGGAGAUGUUUUUGUUAAAUUUGUGUGCAUAAAAAUUUUAAGCAUAAUCUUAAAUCCGGGUUUUAUAAAAGUAAAUAAAUAGUAUCCUGCACCGAAGACUUAUAAUACGUCUCAAAUUAAAUAGCAAUUUGAACUCCUGUCCUCACAGUCAAUCAAAUUCAGGUUAACCAUAGUUCUAAAUGUCUCCGAAACCUUUUGUGAAGCUAAUUAUACUAGCACUGGUCGCCCAUGUUAGCGGGAACUAUAACUUGUUCGUGGACAAAGAAGAAUUUCAUAGGAUCACGGGAGGGACGUUGUCUCAAGUUUACCUCGUUCGAGACGGUGUCGUGAACGACUACGCACUCGGUUACGUAAUGACGGUGCCGUAUCACAUUCAAUAUUUGGACUUCAAAUGGCAAGCGACGACUAAGAAACCGGUCCACUACGAAAUUCUGAUUGAAUUCUCAGACUUUUUCGCACUGCUUCAACCAUCCGCCAAUAUUUCUAAAGUGGGAAGGCUGCCACACAAAUUGGAAACGUUACGGGUUUCCCUUCCCUGCAGUGGCCGAUUGACGACCGAGGUUCCUGUGAUAAUCCGAUUUACCUUCAACGUUAAGCAUGCAACGAAAAACAACGUCCACGGUCACAACGUCACAAAUGUGAACGUGAAGAGGAACAAGAUUUGUCUGCUUAAAGAAAACCACCAACUGACAUCAUCCGUCGUCGCCAUAACACCGAAGGAAAAACGCACAAAUGCCAUCCCGCCCCUGCACGACAACUUUAUCAACAAUACUCACUUAUCGCACCCGAUAACCCCGCUGGACCACCCUCACGCUCCAUCGACGACACCAUCGCUGCUUUUGGCUGGUCUGCUUGGUGGCUGCGCCGUCACCGCGUCAAUCGCGUCAGUCGUGUUCUUCAUCUGUUUGAAGAAACGGCUGCAAAAAAUUGACCAGCGAAAUAACAACUCCACUGAUUUCGCAACUGAGAAAUAUUACCAUCCGUCAAACUCCACGACGACGAGCUCCUCCAGCCCAGCGUGUCUCUUGAGAAAUACGAAAACCUGGGUCAAAGACCAGUCACCUCCGUCACACCCACCGCCACCCCUUCCGAACUCAUACGCAAACAUUGCCAGUUUCUGGAACGAUAUUUUGUCAGCGCCAGAAAACAAGUCAAGCACGAGAUUAAAUUCGUCGCUGGUGUCGUCGCAGGAGAGUCCGCUGCACAAACGGUCCGACGUCUCUCCGUACGCUUAUGCACAAAUUAUCCAGCCGAACACUAAAAAUAACGAGUGGUGGAAUGCCUCGAAUAAUUCACACAUUUACGCGAACCACUUGUCAUCAUUUGCAGGACAAUCGAAUAAACUAAGUGGCGAAGAAGUGUAUGAUUCGCAUUAUGCUGGCCGAUCCGUCGGCUCGGGAAGUUUGAUUCAAAUUGAUGGAUUUCAGUGUCCGAAGAACUUUACCAAAGAGAAACACGUGGAGGAGAGAUUUCUGUAAUCUAGCUGGACCAUUUUGAAACUAGGAGUGUUUUUUAAACAUGAAAGUUUUUAUAUUAAAUCAUUUUACGAAAUUAAACUUGUUAAUCGCAUUUUUCAGAUGAUAAAUAAGAAUAAAACAGGUCGUCAAUGUUUGUAUGAAUA